CUCAAAAUCCAUUGAUAAUUCCUAAGAAGUAAGCGACAAAAUAAAAAGCCAUUAUUUUUACCCAAAAUCCAUCAACAUCCCAAAGUCUUCAAUCCUGCAAUCUGGAUCAAUCCACAAGGAAUUGGGUUACUUCAAUGGCUAUGAGGGGUGGUCAAAGCAAGGAAAUUGUGACAGAGACUCAUAACAAUAAUGUUAUUGAGCAUGAUAAGAAGAAGUUGGUGGUGACAUCAGACACUGAAUUUGAUAUCUCAGAAAAGGAGAAGGCACCAAUUUGGGUACCAAAGUUCGUGAUUGGUUUGACCAAGAAGGAGAAGGAGGAAGAUUUUUUGGUCUUCAAAGGUUCAAAAAAACUUCCUCCAAGGCCCAAAAGAAGGGCUAAAUUCAUGCAACGCACCAUCAAUGUGGUAAGUCCAGGUACAAGGCUAAGCAAACUUUGUGUUGAACGAUAUGAAGUUAGGGAGAAAAAUAUAUCCAAAAAGAGAGCAAGAGGAUUGAAAGCAAUGUGCAAUAUGGAAUCUGAAUCAGAAUCUGAUUAGAAAGAAGGAAUACAACAACAAUGAAUGAAGUUGUUUUUGUGUAACCAAAUGGUAUGAGAAAUGUUGAGAUAUUUUGAACCGAAUAUUUAUUAUUUUUUCUUUCAUGAA